GUCUUGCACGUUGUGGCGAAUCUGCCGCUGCGGUACGGUGGCUAGGUUCGCAGACCCCAACCGGAAGCUUGCGGAAUCUGCUGCGGGAAGAACGCCGGGUUUUUGGGCAUCUACAGUCAUGGCGGCGCCGGCCCCCAGUGCAGGGGGCUCCGCGCCGGAGGCCGCGGGUUCCGACGAAGCCCCGCUACAGUACAGCCUUCUUCUCCAAUAUCUGGUGGGCGACAAGCGUGAGCCCCGGAUCCUGGAGCCUAGUAGCCUGGGCGGGAUCCCGAGCCCGACCAAGAGUGAGGAACAGAAGAUGAUCGAGAAGGCGAUGGAAAGCUGCGCCUUCAAGGCAGCGCUGGCCUGUGUGGGAGGAUUUGUCUUGGGAGGUGCAUUUGGGGUAUUCACUGCCGGCAUUGAUACCAAUGUUGGCUUUGACCCCAAGGAUCCUUAUCGUACGCCGACAGCGAAAGAAGUUCUUAAAGACAUGGGGCAGAGAGGGAUGUCCUACGCCAAAAAUUUUGCCAUUGUGGGCGCCAUGUUUUCCUGCACUGAAUGCUUGGUAGAAUCUUACCGGGGAAAAUCAGAUUGGAAGAACAGUGUCAUUAGUGGCUGCAUCACUGGAGGAGCCAUUGGUUUCAGAGCUGGCCUAAAGGCUGGGGCCAUUGGUUGUGGAGGUUUUGCUGCUUUCUCUGCUGCGAUUGAUUAUUACCUUCGGUGAGAGUCCUUGCCUCCAGGGAAGGGCCCUGCCAGCCUGGGGUCGGAGCCGUCCUGUGGGGCGGCUGGCAGUUUCUGCACCGUUCCGGGCACUUGCUUCCGAGACUGAAGAUGUUUGUUUUCCCUCAUGUGGUUGAUGUUGUGAGGGAGCCACGGGGCUGCCGUCUGCCUCCAGCCUCUGAGCGGCCGUGCGGUCUACUCCGGGGUUCCAGGCACGCCGUGUGGGGGAUGUGCCACAGUGACCUCUUGGGCAGAUCAGGAGUCCGUGUGUUGACCUGUAGGAAUUCAGCUCCCCACGGGUUCAGUCCUGACCACAGCUGGCCCUCUGGUGGUUUGGUGCUGGAACCAGAGGUGAGUGGAUAUCCACCCAGGAAUUUCGGAACUCCACGCAGUCCUCUGUCUCACAUGUGAGGGCAGGCCACAGCAGAUUUACACCACCUCUCCCUUUUUGUCCUUUUGUUUAGUGUUGUCUUUUUUAAAGAAAAAAAUUAUAGUUUAAAAGGUUGGUUAGCUUUUGGGGGGAGAGGUAGUGACAGAGUGGGUCUUUGGAGCUGCCCCAGGGGCCAGAGUUGUCUUGCACCCUCCUCUUCUACUUCCCAUUAUAAAUAAUAAAGGCUGUUCAUACCGUAAAAUAAAUGAAUAAAUAAAAGGUG